UUCUUGGCAGACAGUCACCACAUAGCCUUACUUCUCUGUUCGAUCACCUACGGCGAAAACUUCAAAGGGGGACAAUGUCUAUCUCAUCUAUCCUCUCCGCUGAUGCUAUCGACAGUGCCAUCAAGGACUGCCAAGCCCCAGAUUCUUUCAACUGCAAGAAGUUUUUCCAGCUAUGUGGUCUGACCAAGAAGAGUGCCCAGGAGGUGAAGAACGUCUUCGGCAUCAUUGACAAUGAUGGAGACGGCUUCAUUGAGGAGAGAGAGCUGAAGUGUUUCCUGCAGAAGUUCUCACCUGGAGCACGAGCACUAACUGAGAAGGAGACCAAGGCCUUCCUCAGUGUUGCCGAUGGAGACGGUGAUGGCAAGAUCGGAGCAGACGAAUUCCAGGCCAUGGUUAUGUCUUAAACAACUGAACCAAACAGGUUUUCUUCCUCCUCAUCCCCCAUGAAUGCCCUUCUACAUUUCAUCUUACUUGAAUUCUCUUCUGAAGCAUCAGGACAACACUUCUUGGGAGGCUGCUAGUCGAGAGAAUCCACAUACACACCGUUUUUUUGUAAUACAUUUUAGACGGGGUGCUACAGCAUUAUCUCCAUGUAAACCACCAGUAAAUACAUUGAUGGAAUGCACAAAUAAAUUCAUUAAAAAUAAAAAA